AUGAGCGAUUCAAAACCUAAAUCACCACGCAAACGCCGCUCACGUGGUCGCCAACGAAAGCGGCACCCCGCACAGUUCAAGGCUGACAAACGAGCUCCUCCGCAAUCAACCAGCAGUACGGUAACCAAAGAACCCGAGCAGCCUGCGAUCGUGAGAAAACCAAAACCUCAACUUAAUCCCGACUAUAUCCGUGAAGAACUGGAAAUUAAAACAUCAUUGCAAAAAUUAACGACCGAUGCUAGCAGUCUGAACGAUGAUCGAGAUCGAGAGGUAAAAUUUUUUACCGACUUCUUACCGGAAGCGUUCUAUGAUGCUCAGGAUCACUUGAGUGAAACCAUGCAAGAACCGGACACCGACCCAGUUCCGCUUGAAAAGUCACCCUCGAUUCAGUCCACGCCGAACGCGCACGAUUCGCCGACGCAUUUGGCAUCCUCGUACAUUCAAACUGACGAAGAUGAUGUCAUCAAGCGUUACACGGUGCAAAAGCUAAACUUAGAAGAUUCAAAACUGUUGUAUAUACCGGAAAAGAUUCUAUCCGACAUCCGGGGAAAUCUCGAAAAAAUUACCAUCAAUUCCAAUGAUGACCAUUCUCAAUCGGAACCGCUGAAUAAACCACACCUCAAUGAAACCAACAAAACGCGCUUAAUAAACCGAUUGAUAGAGGAAGAGCAAGAAGAAUGGUUCGACGCUUGCGGUGAUUUGGUAAAUUUACAGGACUUCGUUACUGGCAAACGAGUGAAAGGGGUUUGUAGUAAAAAGUUUCUUCCCUACUACGUAGAGCCAAUACCGUUUGGAAAACCGUCAGAGCAACUGCCGGUGGAACGAACGAUAAAAGUGUUGAUCGGUAAGUUGAGAUUCGAAAACCAUCCCUCCUUCGAUGAGGUCGUCAAAUUGCGACUACGGUUGGAACAGAUUUACAAACAAUAUUACACCAGCAAAAUCAUGAAGGUGAUGCCAAAAUUGCAGAAAAAAUUAGAUGAAAUUAGGCGCGCAAUGGCUGCCACCGGUGGUGAGGUGAGUUUGUCCAGCAAAUUGCAACGACGAGAACUGAGAAAGCAGAUUUAUCAAGAAGCCAAAGUUAAGCGUCAACUGGAGAAAGAAAUUGUGGAUGUUUGGAAGAAGCUGAAGGAUAACAAAGCUGACCGUGGCUACAAACUAGUUAUCACCAACGACGAAAUAGAGCAGACGGAGGAUGAUAGCCAAUUGAAGAAACAAUUUGCACUCGAUUUGGAGGAAUUACUUCAAGAAGAACACGAAAUUUAUGCCAAGGAGAAACAGGACUACAAGAUCUACCUCCGAGAUCUGGAACGGAAUCUCGACGACGGAGAAGUUGUUGCUGUGCAUAAACCCAGGAAACCCGAUCAAUCACGAUUGAAACAGGAUUUCGAAAAAUCAUUUGCCGAAUCAUUUCGGACCGCCGGAGAACCAAUAGUAGAUUUAUUGCUUCUGAAAAAUCCCGAUGAUACGGUGACACCAAAGGUGAACAAAGAUAUGCAAUUUAAAGUUAAGUUCUACAUCGAUAAUUGUCACGUUGCAUCCACCAAAGCUCAUCAUUUUCAGAACAAUCUCUUAGUCGACUUCAAUACGUCAUUUUCAAUUAAAUUAACGACGAAAAUCCCGCAAGCAUUGAAAAUCGAACUAUACGAGAAGAACCGCCUUAGAGUUAAACUAAAACUGUUCGAACUCUACGUUCCGGUUCCUAACUCAUCCGAAUUGUUCGACGAAGUAGAGUACGUGCCUUAUGAGUUCGCAUCAGGGAACACAUUUAAAACCAAUGAAAGCAGAACUGGUAAAAUCGAUUUGAAAGUCGGUUGGCUAGAACAGGUUGGUUCAAGCCCUUCCAAAAAACGAAAUGUUCCAAACCGGGCACAACUUUCGAAAGAUUUGAUUGAGAGAUGGCUUGACGAACAGACAUUUGAUCCCAAUGAUUCCGAGACAGAACAGGUGAUGGAAACAUUGGAAAAACACCACGCUGCACAAGAUGCGGAACAAGAUGAAAAAGAAGAUGGUCAAGAAAAGGAUGAGCCGUUUGUUUUCAACGAAGAUCUGCUUGCUUUCUGUUCGGAAGAGGAAAUUAACAAUAACGCACGGUUGAAUAUGCUAAGCCAACGAUUCAACAACAAUCUCAAAUAUAAAAAUAUUAAAUUUAUACCACAGAUCGAACGAGAAAUCGAAAUACCGGAGGAAAUGAAAAUCAUCGAUGAAACUCUUGGUACGGAUCCGAUCGAUUUGCAGAGACACCGCGGAAAGAAAUAUCUCAAAAAGGUCUACGAUACUAUCACUAACCACUGCAAUGUGAUCAAUCAGGACAAGGUUAACGAUAAUUUACUGGUUGGUGAACAGAUUCCGACUUUUGGAUCGUUAAGUUUGGCAUUUUUCGAAAUUUUUGGUCCACGAAGGCCACUUAAACCUGCGAGGCGAUCUCCAAUGAGCAGAGCAUCGAUUCGGGUUUCCGACGUUAAUCAGUUCAAGAUAAUCGUUACCAUUGUGAGAGCCUUUGGAAUACCUACUCGCUUGGAUGAGCAUCCGGUUACCUCAGCAAGCCGACGGAAUAGUAAUUUAUCUGCGACGAAGUUUUCGAUCCGAUCAUCGAACGUCCGUCCGUACAUAACUAUAUCAAUUAAGGAUAAACUUCUUCGAACCUCCACGGGUGAUGGAACAAAUCCCACCUGGAAUGAGAGGCUGGCGAUUCCACUGGAUGCCACAAGUGAUCAGAUGCGCCGGUAUUUGAACAUCGAUUUGUACGACGAGUUCAUGGAGGAUCUGCUGGAAGAUGAUCGAGCGCGCCUGACGGAAGUUUACCAGAGAAUUUCGAGCAAAUGGCUGGGACAGCUCAGGAUACCAAUAAGUACCAUCUACGUUAACCAGAGGAUCGAAGGAACUUUCGAAAUCAAAACUCCUUCGAUUCUGUUUGGUUACUCGCGAAGCAGCGAUGACUCGCCGGAGUACACCUCUAUGCUAAUCGGAUCCAGCCUACCGGAUUUGCGUGAACUCACACACAUUUCGUUGUUCAUAAACUUGGAACCGAACGUGGAAAUUCCCUGCUUCGACACCAACGGGCUCGAAUGUGUGGAACUAGAGCAGACCAAGGCUCGGAUAUAUUUGUGGUACGAAGAGUACCGCAAUGAAUUUCCACAAAGGGCAAAGCUACCGUUAGUUACGCUACUUAGUGGAAAACGUGUUUGCGUCACACGACUAGUUGGACCCAUUAGCGUUCCCUUUGUUCUUGACGAAAACGUGGAACAAAUGAUAAGGCGCUAUGUUUCACUUAUUCCAAUCCAUUACAACACUGAUGCGUGCUCACAGCUGGGUGGAGUCUGGCUAACCAAUAGGGAAAUAAUGAACGUAAUGUGUGCCUCACCAAAGGAUUUGGGUGUCUUAUUGGCUUGUUUCUACAGUAGUCUAGAGUACGAGGUAUACCUUGUUUUGGGACACAGUCUUUUGGCAGGAGACAGUGUUUUCGUCAUGAUUCGUGAAGGCAAUGAGUUUUUCCUGAUAGAUCCAACGAAUGGCAAGCGGUACAACAGUACCGAUACGUACUGUCCACUAACUAAAAUCUACUAUAUUGUCAAUCAAGACAACGCGUGGGGAAAUAUCCAAAAAGAAAAUCGAGUAUUUCUAACGCAGCUAGAUGUUACUCGAUCUGCUUACUGGAGACCACUUUUUAACAGAUCGCACGAAGCUCCUACCGGGUGUAUUCAUGACGGUAACUUUUUAUAUAAAACGGCUUUCGCAGUAUCUGACUUACAAAAAACUAUUGAAAGAAAAAUUAUUAAAAAGAUUGGUGUUUGGCGGACACAUCGCAGGACUAUUUGGAACCGUUACGUCAGUGAGCAACUUAAAAACGUCCUGCCUAGUUUAGAACUGGACGCUUGCCUGGAUACCAACGCAGACCGUCACUUAGAAGUGUUCAGUCAACUAUUGGCUCCGUACAAAGUUAAUGGAUUUCCAGUAAAUCUGCCUUACACCAAUCUCUCCGCCAUUGUGGCCCAUGUAAAAAGCACAGGAAUACAUCUGAACUCUGAUAACAGAGCAGAAUUUGCACUUGGUUUGUACAUCAAAGACUAUCCCAGUAAUAUCUAUUCAGUGUGGAUUUUUCUCGUUUCUUUAACACCUAGAAUUUAG